AUGACACGGGGAGCUCCCAGUUCCAGACAAAGACCAGCCCCAUCAACAUCAACACGACCCUCUUCCAUCUACAUGAUUUCCAAUUUAAUGGUCUUUGUCACUGUACUGUUGCUUCUGUCUGAGUUUCUUGUUCUCGGUCAAGCCUCCUCGUGUAACCAACUGGACAGAGACUCUCUCUUGGCCUUCGGAAGGAAUAUAUCCACUUCUUCUCCUCUCAAUUGGGCUGCCUCUGUUGAUUGUUGUCUGUGGGAAGGCAUUGAGUGUGAUGCGAAUUUCAGAGUCUUACAUCUGUUGCUACCAUCCAGGGGUCUCGCUGGCUUUAUCUUCCCAUCUCUCUCCAAUCUCACUGCUCUCUCCCGGCUUGAUCUCUCCCAUAACCGCUUAUCUGGUAAUCUUCCAGACCAAAUUUUCUCACUUCUUAAUCACCUGCAGAUUCUUGAUUUAAGCUUCAAUCGUCUCUCUGGCGAAUUGCCACCCUUUGUUGCUAAUACCAGUGGCUAUACUAUCCGGGAGAUUGAUUUGUCUAGUAAUUUAUUCCACGGAAAGCUCCCACCUUCCCUCCUUCAGCACCUGGCAGACGCAGUCGCAGGAGGGAGUUUGACAUCUUUUAAUGUUAGUAACAACAGCUUCACGGGUCAAAUUCCCACUUCUGUCCUCUGCAGCAACCACAGCAGCUCCUCCUCUCUCAGAUUCUUGGAUUAUUCCUCCAAUGAUUUCGCUGGCAUGAUUCAGCCAGGACUAGGAGCAUGUUCCAAGUUGGAGAGAUUUCGAGCAGGUUCCAAUUCACUAUCCGGGCCCCUUCCUGGUGAUAUUUUUUAUGCUGUUUCUCUCCAAGAAAUAUCCUUGCCCCUCAAUAAACUCAGUGGAACCAUUGGUGAGGGCAUUGUUAACCUUGCCAACCUCACGGUUUUGGAGCUCUACUCCAAUAAUUUCACCGGGCCCAUUCCCUCGGAUAUUGGUAAGCUCUCCAAAUUGGAACGUUUGGUCCUUCAUGCCAACCAACUAAAUGGCACUCUGCCCCCAUCUCUAAUGGACUGUGUCAAUCUUGUCAUGUUGGAUGUAAGGGUCAACUCUUUGGAGGGAAACCUCUCAGCAUUGAAUUUCUCCGGACUCCUCAGACUCACAGCACUUGACCUUGGCAACAACAGUUUUACUGGUAUUAUACCACCAACUAUGUAUGCCUGUAAAUCACUUAAAGCAGUAAGGCUAGCAUCUAAUCAGUUUGAGGGACAGAUCUCACCCGAUGUACUUGGACUUCAGUCUCUGGCUUUCCUAUCAGUUUCUACCAACAACCUGAGUAAUGUCACUGGGGCUCUGAGGUUGCUUAUGGAACUCAAAAACCUUAGCACCCUUAUGCUCUCCCAGAAUUUUUUCAAUGAAAUGAUGCCAGAUGAUGUGAACAUAACAAAUCCAGAUGGAUUUCAAAAGAUCCAAGUUCUGGGUUUGGGCGGUUGUAAUUUCACAGGCCAAAUACCACGUUGGCUUUAUAAUCUGAAGAAGCUCGAGGCCUUGGAUUUGUCCUACAAUCAAAUCAGUGGUUCAAUUCCUCCUUGGUUGUACACACUUCCUGAGCUUUUCUACAUAGACUUGUCUUUCAACCGCCUCACAGGAAUAUUUCCGGUUGAGCUCACAACGCUUCCAGCACUUACAUCACAACGGACCUAUGACGGAGUAGAAAGGACAUACCUGGAGUUACCCGUAUUUGCUAAUGCCAACAAUGUUUCUCAGAUGCAAUAUAAUCAGAUUUCCAACCUACCACCAGCAAUAUAUCUGGGAAACAAUAACCUCAAUGGCAGUAUUCCUGUGGGGAUUGGCCAACUGAAAGUCCUUCAUCAGCUGGACCUUAGUAACAACAACUUCUCUGGCAGUAUCCCAGCGGAAAUUUCUAACUUGAUUAACUUGGAGAAACUGUACCUCCAAGGAAACCAACUUUCCGGUGAAAUUCCUGCUUCACUCAAAAUCUUGCAUUUUUUGUCUGCUUUCAGUGUAGCAUAUAAUAAUCUUCAAGGACCGAUACCCGCUGGUGGUCAAUUUGAUACUUUCUCUUUUUCCAGCUUUGAAGGCAACCCACAGUUGUGUGGUUCAGUUGUUCAGCGCUCUUGUCUUCCUCAACAGGGUGCUACUGCACGUGGUCACAGCUCAAACAAAAAAUUGAAAAUUGGAUUUUCCAUUGCUGCCAGUUUUGGUAUUGUUUCCUUCGUUUCAGUGUUGAUAGUGUGGGUAAUAUCCAAGAGGAGGAUCAAUCCAGGUGGAGACCCUGACAAGAUUGAACUAGAAUCAAUUUCUGUCAACUCUUACAGUGGGGUUCAUCCUGAGGUUGACAAAGAUGCUAGCCUAGUGGUGCUGUUCCCUAAUAAAACAAAUGAAAUCAAGGACCUUACCAUAUUUGAAAUAUUAAAAGCCACUGAAAAUUUCAGUCAGGCAAACAUAAUAGGAUGUGGGGGUUUCGGUUUGGUUUAUAAAGCAACAUUACCAAAUGGAACUGCUCUGGCCAUCAAGAAACUUUCAGGAGAUUUGGGUCUUAUGGAAAGGGAAUUCAAAGCAGAGGUAGAGGCUUUGUCGACAGCACAGCAUGAAAAUCUGGUUGCAUUGCAAGGCUAUUGUGUGCAUGAGGGCGUUCGGCUUCUCAUAUACACUUACAUGGAAAAUGGAAGUCUGGAUUACUGGCUGCAUGAAAAGGCCGAUGGUCCAUCUCAACUUGAUUGGCCUACUCGCCUGAAGAUUGCACAAGGUGCAAGUUGUGGAUUGGCUUACAUGCAUCAAAUAUGUGAACCACAUAUAGUGCAUCGUGAUAUAAAGUCAAGCAAUAUACUUCUUGAUGAAAAGUUUGAGGCACAUGUUGCUGAUUUUGGGCUGGCUCGACUGAUUCUUCCUUAUCAUACUCAUGUUACAACUGAACUUGUAGGUACAUUAGGUUACAUACCCCCAGAGUACGGACAAGCAUGGGUGGCAACUUUUAGAGGAGAUGUGUACAGCUUUGGGGUUGUCAUGCUUGAGCUGCUUACUGGGAGGAGGCCUGUCGAUGUAAGCAAGCCAAAGAUGUCAAGGGAGUUAGUUGUCUGGGUUCAACAAAUGAGGAGUGAAGGAAAACAAGAUCAAGUCUUUGAUACACAUAUGAGAGGCAAGGGCUUUGAAGAAGAGAUGCAGCAGGUUCUUGAUGUAGCCUGCAUGUGUGUAAACCAGAAUCCUUUCAAGAGACCAAACAUCAGAGAAGUUGUUGAAUGGCUGAGGAAUGUAAGAUCAUCCAACCAGCAAAUGAACAAAGAUUAG